AGUAAUGAGGGAAUCAUUCAAUGAGCGUGUAUCAAAUUAAAGUGCUCAAUUUAGUAAUAGACCAGAGUCAUCCGGACUCGUUACGAACGGCAGAAGCAAACAAUAGGCCCGUGCGACCCGUUCAAUAGUGAUCAAGCACAGCAUCGUCAGCAGUCAUUCUAAAUUUAGCAGUUGAAUUUUACAACAACGGUCAUAAAGGAUGCAGUCGAGCCACGUGGCUGUUGUACUACUGCUCAUGUCCCUGAUGCAGCUGCAAAGAGCCUCUUCAACCGGAUUCGGCGUUGGCCGCCGUCUCCCGGGCGACGAGGAAAUCCUGAGCCUCUCGGAGAAAUCACGGGGCUCGGCGGACUACGUCGUCAACUUUGCCAAGACGUACUCGGUCGAAGACGACGACGAGAGCCGGCUGAUCACGCGUCUCGUCGUCGAGGAUGCGAUGCACGAGUCUGGAGCUCAGGCGGCGAUCAUCGCCGGCGGCCCAGGUCAAUCCUUCGUCAGUCUGGCCUAUACUAUACCCAGGUACAGCGAGAUGGAGUUCGCGGUGAGAAUCUAUGCGAAGCGACCAGCUUUUAGAAAAAUACCUUGACACCUCUAAUGUUUGCAGUAGGACUCUGAGGGGUAGUUCGAGUGGAAUAAAAGAGUGUGUCGAAUCGUUA